AUGACAGUAAUUGUGACAUCACCAGACAACAAAAAGACUCGCGCUCGCGGAGCGAAGCGCUCCAAUCAAUGGCACAGACGCGACGCGUGCUGCACGCAGAGAUGAGUCUCCAAGCAGCCUCCAAAAACUUCUGCUGAUCAGAAUUUUUUAGGCGAAAAAUUACAGAUCCAGGACUUUACGAACUCGCGCUGUCACUCUUGGAAUUGCUGCUUUCUUUGACCUAAGCGUUUGCGCACUUCAUUACAGUUAACUGCAGUCUAGUUUGAAGCGUUGCUCAAGUAUGAACAAGAAGAGGCGACCUGAGUUGCGGCGAGUCUCUGUCGUGGGAUAAAAAAAUAGUCGCCUGUGGAUUAAAACACGAAUUCAUGAGGAAUUUAAGAGACGACGGGAACGCAGACCGGCCACAGCGCUUCCUCCUUCGGAACUGACUGAUCAUGGUCGCCGUGGUCCGCGCUCUCACGGUGCUGUUGCUCGGUCAGGUGUUUCUGGGAGGUGCCGCUGGACUCAUUCCCGAGAUCGACCGACGGAAAUACAGUGAUUCGGGGAGACACAUGCCGGAGCGAUCCGAUAUUAACUUCCUGAAAGAGUUCGAGCUACGGCUGCUCAACAUGUUCGGACUGAAGCGAAGACCCACGCCGAGCAAAUCGGCGGUGGUCCCUCAGUACAUGCUGGACUUGUAUUAUAUGCACUCUGAAAACGAUGACCCGAACAUCCGGCGCCCGAGGAGCACUACGGGAAAGCAUGUGGAACGGGAGGCCAGCAGAGCGAAUACAAUACGAAGCUUUCAUCACGAAGAGGCUUUGGAGGCACUGUCCAGCCUGAAAGGAAAAACAACGCAGCAGUUUUUCUUCAACCUUACCUCCGUUCCCGCCGAGGAGCUGAUCACGGCCGCGGAGCUGCGCAUUUUCAGGGACCAGGUUCUCGGUGGCGCCGGUGCGAGUGGUUUCCACCGAAUUAACAUUUACGAGGUGUUCAGGCCAGCACUGGCCCCUUCCAAAGAGCCUCUUACCAGACUUCUCGACACCCGUCUGGUGCAGGACUCUCACACACGCUGGGAGAGCUUUGACGUGGGUUCGGCCGUGGCUCGCUGGGCCCGCGAAUCCCAGCACAACCAUGGGCUCCUGGUGGAAGUGCUCCAUCCCGAGGAGUCGGAAGGAUCCGCGGAGGUCGAGAGGAACCAGAGGAGGCACGUGAGGGUCAGUCGCUCCCUUCACGUGGACGAGAACUCAUGGGCGCAGGCCCGACCCCUGCUGGUGACCUACAGCCACGACGGUCAGGGCUCCGCCGUACUGCAUUCGAACCGAGAGAAACGGCAGGUGCGGCAAAGGCAGAAGCAGCGCAGGAAGCAGCAGCAGCGUACAAACUGCAGGCGGCACGCUCUCUACGUGGACUUCAGCGACGUGGGCUGGAACGAGUGGAUUGUGGCGCCACCCGGCUACCACGCUUUCUACUGUCACGGCGAGUGUCCCUUCCCGCUGUCGGACCACCUGAACUCCACCAAUCACGCCAUCGUCCAGACGCUGGUGAACUCGGUCAAUACCAAUAUUCCCAGAGCGUGCUGCGUCCCGACGGAGCUCAGUCCCAUAUCGCUGCUGUACCUGGACGAGUACGAGAAAGUCAUUCUUAAAAACUACCAGGACAUGGUGGUGGAGGGCUGCGGGUGCCGAUGAGAGCUACAUCUCCCCAAUGAAGACUUUUAUUUAUACAAAAGAACAUUCAAAGAGCUAUUUUGGAGGAAGAAAAGAAAUAUAUAUGAAUAUAUUUAUGUUGACUGAAAAAAAUGGGAAAAUAAAUAUUUUAAUGAGAGUGCUUGCUUUUUCCAGUGGCUUUGGAGAUGUUUUUUUCCCUGUCCCAUGUACAUUUCAAAAUGAGUGCUAUUGCACAUGAAGUAUAAUGCUCAGAUUUUUAUGAUGUAUUUAUUGCAUAACCACUUUAUUUGUAAAUGAUGUGUAUUUAUCAUGAAAAAAUAUAUGAUCUUCAUUCAGUGUGCAUCUGGGAAUACAUUCUUUGAAACCAAAAAAUAAACCAUGGAUGAUGAAGUUCUCUUUAAAAGUCAUGAUGUAACAAACACGCUGUUGCAUAGACCCUGUGGUUACUUAUGCAAUACUGGAUUUUGUGCAGACAGGUCUAAACGGUGAUAGUCUGAUUGAAUAAUGGCCUGUUCACAACAAAUACUAUAACUAUAAAGUUUUAAUAAUCAUUCUAGUUCUAUUUAGAAUAGGGA